GCAGCGUUUUUCAGCACUACAAGAACAACUGAUAUCGAUUAGCUGCAGCCAAUUUUGUGGCGUCCUUCCCGCGAUUUUCAUUUGCAAAGAUAAAUUGAUGUCCUCUCCCAUUGUCGAAGUUACACAAUCAGCUAAGAAAAUUAAAAUGGAUAAAUGCGUCUUGCGUUUUGCCAAACUCACGGAACACGCUUUGGAGCCACUGCGUGGAUCCAAGCGAGCAGCCGGCUUAGAUUUGCGCAGCGCCUACGAUUUGGUUGUGCCGGCACGCGGCAAGGCCAUUGUCAAGACUGAUCUGCAGGUGCAGGUGCCCGAGGGCUCCUAUGGCCGAGUGGCGCCACGUUCGGGCCUGGCCGUGAAGAACUUCAUCGAUGUAGGCGCCGGGGUUGUAGACGAGGAUUACCGCGGCAACCUGGGUGUUGUCCUGUUCAACCAUUCGGACGCCGACUUUGAGGUAAAGCGUGGCGAUCGCAUAGCACAGUUCAUUUGCGAGCGCAUCUUCUAUCCGGAUCUGGAGCAGGUCGACAAACUGGAGGACACCGAACGCGGCGAGGCUGGCUUUGGUUCAACUGGCAUCAAGGAACUGCCAAAGGAGGCCAAGCAUCAAAAUGACAACGAGAAGCAGCCACUUGGCGAAAAUCAGGCUAAGCCGAUCUCCACCUAGACUGAACUAACUAGAUAUCUAUAAGUUCAAAAUAAGUCCUACACAACCAUAUGUAUAAUCCUCAUCAAUGUCACACAACGGUUCACAAUAUAUAUACAAUGUUGAAAAUAUGUAAAAGAUCAAUACAACAUUCCGAUUACUAAUGUUAAUAACAAAAAAUAUUGAUACUGCGCUACCCCAACUUAAGAAUACAUUGAAUAAAAGUUCUUAGUCUAACCGCCAAA